CUACAAGACUGCUGUCGCUCCGAACGUCCAAAACCCUUUCUUUUCUUCUUCAAAAAAGCCUCCUCACCCAUAACUCCCACUCUUCCCACACCCCUGCACACACACACACACAGAGGGUCGCACAGUAAUACACGAUACGAGGAAAAAAGGCAUGUUCCACCCAGUCCAUCUACUGGGGCAGAAGCCCUACCCUUCCUCCGCGGCAUUAUAAGCCCCAACCAAGGAAAAAACAAGAAAGGGAGACGAAAUAAAAAAAUACGACUACUUCAUAAGAGAUACCAAAAUGGGCCCAGAAGGAUCCUCCAUAACCAGCAGCAGUGGCAGCUCGUCAUCAUGCUCCGCGGCCGCCAGAGCACCUGAUCAUCACCAUCAUCAUCAGAUCGACCAGCUUCUGGCCGGAGCUGGGUACUCGGUCCGCUCCUCCCAGCUCCACCAAGUGGCCCACCGCCUCGAAUGUCUGGAGAAUGUCAUGGUCCACAACCAGAACAUCCCCACCCACCUCCCCAUACAAUAUCAUCUGGCCAACGACGUCGUGCACUACAAUCCCUCUGACCUCUCUUCAUGGGUCGACAAUUUGCUGUCGGAGCUCCACCAACUCCAACCCGGUUCAUCAGCAUCAUCUUCAGGUCUCCCGCCGUGUCCUGGUAAUUAUGAAUCCACCGGGUGGUCUCCGUCUGAAUUCCAUGCGCCGCCGCCUCCUCGGAACGGGAACGGGAACGAGAGCGAGAAUCAGCAGCCCCAGGAGGUUCUAUCCCAUGUCUUGCACCAAAUGGACCAGGAAGAUUCCAGCAUUCAGUUAGUCCACGUGUUGAUUAGCUGUGCGGAGUCUGUCCAGUGUGGCAACCUCCCGUUGGCUGGUUCCUUGAUAGCAGAUUUACAGGCGCUGCUUACACGUGUCAACACUGCAUGUGGUAUUGGAAAAGUGGCUGGCUAUUUCAUCGACGCCCUGAGCCGCCGGAUAUUCACGGCGGUGCCUCCAGGAGCCGCCAGCUUCAUGAGCUGCUGGGCAUCUGAGGAUGAGAUUCUGUAUCAUCAUUUCUACGAAGCGGCUCCUUACUUAAAAUUUGCUCAUUUCACGGCCAACCAGGCGAUAUUGGAAGCCUUUCAGGGCCACGAUUGCGUCCAUGUCGUUGACUUUAAUCUAAUGCAAGGCUUGCAAUGGCCGGCUCUAAUCCAAGCCUUGGCUCUCCGCCCCGGUGGGCCGCCGUUGCUACGGCUGACUGGGAUUGGCCCGCCAUUUCCUGAUGGGCGCGAUUCUCUAUGCGUAAUUGGGUUGAGAUUAGCCGGAUUGGCUCGCUCGGUGAACGUCAAGUUUGCCUUUCGUGGGGUGGCAGCUUCGCGGCUUGAAGAUGUCAAGCCAUGGAUGUUAGAAGCCGACCCGAAUGAAGCCGUUGCGGUAAAUUCGAUCCUGCAGCUCCACAAACUACUCGGGCCGGAUCAAGUUCAUGGAUCAUCAUCAGUGGAACAGGUUCUGGCCUGGAUCCGGGGCUUGAACCCGAAAAUCGUGACCGUCGUGGAGCAAGAAGCUAGUCACAACCAAGCCGAAUUUUUAGAUCGAUUUACUGAAGCCCUGUACUAUUAUUCAACGAUGUUUGACUCGCUGGAAGCUUGUUCAAAUCGGGCUGAUAAUGUUUUAGCCGAGAUAUACAUGCAAAAAGAGAUAUGUAACAUAGUGUGUUGUGAGGAUUCAGCCCGGGUGGAAAGACACGAGCCCUUAGCCAAAUGGAAAGCUCGACUGAAGGGGGCUGGCUUCAAGCCACUGUAUUUGGGAUCCAACGCAUUUAAGCAAGCCAGUAUGCUAUUGACAUUAUUUUCAGCUGAGGGAUACUGUAUAGAAGAAAGUGAGGGGUGUCUAACGCUGGGCUGGCAUAGCCGGCCCCUCAUUGCAGCUUCGGCUUGGCAACCGGUAUCUGACUGAGCAGGAAGCUGUAUAAACUUUGAGACGGGUUCAAAUUCAAUUAGUCAUUUUUUUUUUUCCCUUGAGACGGGAUCAAAUUCAAUUAAUCCUUUAUUAAAGAUUGUAAUUGUCUAGGCCUUAAUAUUAUUAUCUUUAAAAUA